UCACACUAAACAUACUGUCUGGCCAUAAAAAAUGUGGAGGCUGAAGGUUUCAGAAGGAGGAAGAGAUGGUAAUCCAUGGCUCACAAGUGUGAAUAAUCACAUCGGGAGACAAUUCUGGGAGUUCGACCCAAAUCUUGGAACACCGGAAGAGCGAGCUCAAGUGGAAAAAGAACGUCUUGAUUUUCAUAACAAUCGUUUUCGAUCCAAACAUAGCUCUGAUUUAUUAAUGAGACUUCAGUUUGCAAAGGAGAAAGAAAGUGAUCGAAUGGAGCUACCAGCACAGGUGAAAAUAAAAAGUGAAGAAGAAAUUAAUGAAGAAGUAGUAACAACCACAUUGAGGAGGGGCUUGAGAUUUUACUCAACUCUUCAGGUUGAGGAUGGUUUCUGGCCUGGUGACUAUGGCGGUCCUUUGUUUCUUCUACCUGGCUUGGUACGUAUGUAAAGUUUAACCCUAGUCUAAUAAUGUUGUUGAAUUAAUAAAUUAGACC